CUGAGUGCUGCUGGUGUGAUAAGAAUCAGCAGCUCCUCCCCCCGUAUAGAGACAGUGGAGGCAGAGAGGAGAGCUCUCCGCUCAUACACGUCCAGACACACACCGGGACGGAGCUGCGCUACCGCUGCGGGACUACUACCCCCAGUCCGGGGACUACUGCUCGCCCAACUUCUCACCCCCUUACUGGGAGGGCGGCUGUGAUUUCCAGCGCUCCUUUCUCUGGGACUUGCCCGUGUGGAUGUGACAGAGACCUGGGAAGAGCAGCGAUGAGGAGUCGGGAAGAAGAAGGUGGAGGAGGCUGGGUGCCAGACUGGUCAUACCUGUUGAAACUAAGGAUGAAGAGAGUAGUCUCCUGUUUUUACUUAUGGCUUUUCCUCCAGCUUCCCCUCAUUGGAUCUUCCAUCCAGGUGAAAUACAAAGUCGAGGAAGAGCAGCCACCUAAUGUAUUGAUUGGAAGCUUAGCUGCUGACUAUGGCUAUCCGGAUUCAAAGCAUCUAUAUAAGCUGGAAGUAGGACAUCCAUAUCUACGUGUGGAUGGAAAGACUGGGGAUAUCUAUACUACAGAGUCUGCAAUUGAUCGAGAAAAUCUUAUUGGAUGCCAGAACUUGUUUCCAGGACAGCCAUGCUACUUAGAGUUUGAGGUGUCUAUCACUGAUCUGAUGUCUCCAGUGCCCCGGCUACUAGAUGGUCAAAUUGAGGUUUUGGACAUUAAUGAUAACACGCCAAACUUUGCCUCUCCAGUUCUUACCCUCUCCAUACCAGAAAAUACCAACAUCGGAAUGCUGUUCCCAAUUCCAGCUGCUACUGACCGUGAUUCUGGAAAGAAUGGAGUGGCUUCUUAUGAGUUAAUUGUGGGGCCCGAAGCACAUGAACUCUUUGGACUGCAAGUAGCUGAGGACCAAGAUGAAAAGCAACCUCAACUUAUUGUGAUGGGAAGUCUUGACCGGGAGCAGAGGGACUCCUAUGAUCUUACAAUUAAGGUUCAGGAUGGUGGGAAGACCCCAAGAGCUAGCAGUGCUUUGUUGCGCAUCUCUAUCCUUGACACCAAUGACAAUGCUCCGAAGUUUGAGAAGAUGGCUUAUGAAGCGGUCUUACCUGAAAACAGCCCAAUGGGGCACUCUGUACUCCAGGUUAAAGCCAAUGAUUCUGACCAGGGGGCUAAUGCAGAAAUAGACUAUGCCUUCCACCAGGCCUCUGAUACGGUACGGCGACUGCUACACCUUGAAAGGUCAACAGGUCUGAUAACUGUGCAGGGUCCCAUAGAUCGUGAAGAUGUUGGAACACUACGCUUCUCUGUAGUGGCUAAAGACAAAGGAUCCAACCCAAAAUCAGCGCGCACUCAAGUCACAAUCACCAUUCGUGAUACAAAUGACAACAAACCAAUAAUUGACAUCAGAGGGUUUGGUCUGGUAACACAUCAGGAUGGUGUUGCAAAUAUUUCUGAAGAUGUACCAGUAGAGACACCAGUGGCCUUGGUCCAAGUUUCUGACAUUGAUGAAGGUGAAAAUGCUGCGGUGACUUGUGUUGUGGCUAGGGAUGUCCCCUUCCAGCUAAAGCAGGUCAGUGAUACUGGAACUGACAGCAAAAAGAAGUACUUCUUGCAGACCACCACACCACUGGACUAUGAGUCUGUGAAAGAAUACACCAUUGAAAUUGUGGCUGUUGACUCUGGUAAUCCUCCCCUUUCCAGCACCAAUUCUCUUAAGGUGCAAGUAACUGAUGUGAAUGACAAUGCUCCUAUCUUCACACAGAGCUUAAUGGAAGUGACUUUCAAAGAAAAUAAUUCACCUGAUGAUAUUGUGAUGGAAGUUAGUGCAAGUGAUGCUGACAGCGGCUCCAACGCUCAGAUAACCUAUUCCAUACUUGCUGACCCCACUACUCGAGGCAUCUUUUCAAUCAACCCCGACUCUGGUCAAAUUAGGGUUAACACGGUGUUGGAUCGGGAGGUAACAGAACAGUAUAAUUUCCAUGUGGUAGCUGCAGACAAAGGUACCCCAAGCUUAAAAGGCACUGCUUCUGUUGUAAUUACAGUACUGGACUGCAAUGACAAUGAUCCUAAGUUUAUGUUGAAUGGCUACAAUUUCUCAGUCAUGGAGAAUAUGCCCAGAUUAAGUCCGGUUGGUAUGGUCACUGUCAUAGAUGCAGACAAAGGUGAAAAUGCUCGUAUCCAUCUCUCAGUAGAACCUGAAAGUGGAGAAUUUAUCAUCCAGAAUGGGACAGGGACUAUCCUUUCCAGCAUCUCCUUUGACCGGGAACAUCAAAGCACAUAUACCUUCCGGUUGAAGGCAGUGGACGGAGGGGACCCACCCCGUUCAUCAUACGUUGGAGUGACUAUUAAUGUCCUUGAUGAGAAUGAUAAUGCUCCGGUGAUUGUUGUACCAUCUAAUAUUUCAUAUGCUUAUCUACCACCCUCAACUGAUCCAGGUACAAAAAUCAACAAGGUACGAGCUGAGGAUAUGGACACAGGCCUAAAUGCACAACUUGAUUACAGUAUUGCAAGUGGUAAUCCAUUUGAUCUAUUCCAAAUAACUCCAACGGGAGGUGAGGUUACCCUAGAAAAACAAAUUUUAAGAAAGCAUCAUGGUCUGCAUCGCCUAGUAGUAAGGGUGAAAGAUCAAGGAAAGCCUUCAAGACAUGGCACAGCCCUGGUCCAUUUCUUCAUAAAUGAAACUUUGACUAACCAGACUUAUGUUGAGACUUUACUUGGUCACAGCCAAGAUACACCACUAGACAUUGAUAUUGCUGGAGAUCCAGAAUAUGAACGUAAUAAACAACAGCGAAACAUUGUGUUUGGUGUUAUUGCUGGCAUCAUGGCAGUUAUCCUUGUCAUUGUGGUGGUUGUUUUGGUCCGAUACUGUCGACAGAAAGAAGCUAAAAGUGGCUAUCAAGCAGGAAAGAAGGAAACAAAAGAUCUCUAUGCCCCAAAACAAAGUAAUAAAAACAAUAAAAAUAAAAUCAAAGUAAAGAAAAGCAAGUCUCCAAAACCACCCAAGCCUGUAGAAGAGGAUGAAGAAGCUGGGCUACAAAAGUCCCUUAAAUUUAACCUGAUGAGUGAUUCUGUUGGAGACAGCCCACGAAUCCAUCUACCUUUGAAUUACCCACCAGGAAGCCCAGACUUGGGUCGUCACUACCGUUCAAACUCCCCCUUGCCAUCCAUCCAACUUCAGCCACAAUCUCCAUCUGCCUCCAAGAAGCACCAAGUUGUGCAAGACCUGCCGGCAGCCAACACCUUUGUAGGCACUGGGGACAACAAUUCCACUGGCUCUGAUCAGUACUCGGAUUACAGCUAUCGGACCAAUCCCCAGAAAUACAACCAUAAGCAGUUACCUCAUCGUCGAGUGACGUUUUCCACAUCCAAUCAAGCACCUGACAUCCAAGACCCAUCUCAGCACAGUUACUAUGACAGCGGCCUAGAGGAGUCAGAGACCCCAAGUAGCAAGUCAUCUUCUGGUCCAAGAAUAGGCCCAUUGGCUCUCCCAGAAGACCACUAUGAGCGAACCACCCCUGAUGGUAGCAUCGGUGAGAUGGAACAUCCUGAAACUGACACAGGGACAGCUAAUGCAGUCCUCCAGCACAACGAGCAAGCAAACAGCUGCACAAAUCUCAGCUUCCUUUACUCCUAUCUCAGACCACUGCCUGAUGUAGCCAUGACGGGAAACUGCACGCGGGAAUGUACAGAAUAUGGACACUCUGAUACUUGCUGGAUGCCCGGCCAGCCAUCCCCCAACCGCAGGCCCAAGAAUGCCCUGAAGCUCUCCACUUUUGUGCCUUACCAAGACAAGGGGAGUCAAGAGCAGAUUGGCAAUGGGAACCCCAGAAUUCCAGAGGACCACAUUGGAGGCAACAAUAACAGCAGCACCAAAAUGGCCAACAUCCAGCUGUUACCGACUUACAGUGCCUUUACAAGUAACAGCCAUGAGCCAUGUAUGGACUCCCCCAUGGAGGAAAUCCCACUAACCCAAACUGUGGAUUUCCAGCAUGCCACAACUCCUUCCUCCCAAUCUGCUAAGAGGGAGAUAUACCUGUGAGGUUCACUUUUUGGCAUGGUUUGAACUUGAAAGCGUAAAGGAAGAAUUUGGAGGUCAGACCUAAACUUUUAAAUGAAGGAGACAUAUUAGAGAGGAACUUAAAGACAAUUGCUUUAUGGUCCAUGCAACUGCUUCUAGGCCUAUGCCUAUUUUAAUUUUUAAUGUUGAUUUUAUUUUUUGUCGUUCUCCAUUUUUAUUUUAUUAUUCCUAUGUAAAAUUUGAAACAGCCCUCUACAUAGACGAUUCAUUGUCAUAAAGGUCAGAACUGGAUUUAGAGAGAGGGAAGCACAUUUGUCUUUUUAAAAAAAAUGUAGAUUUUAUAUAAAAAGGGAACUUGCGUUAUGUUUCUCGGCCAAAGAGGAGAAACUGUAAAGCAGAGGUGGACUUUAUAAGCCAUUGUGGUUUGUGUCUGAGAAUCUUAAAGAAGGGUGUUCUUGGUGCUGUCAUCUCUUCUGGUACAUCGGUUGAAUGUCCUCAUGUAUAGGAGAAAUUAAUGUCUCUUUGUGGUGAAUGAAUGAAGUUGGUAGAGGUUUUCAUUGUUCUCAUUAAAAACUUGGUGCACACACACACACUUAGACACAUUCAGAGACUCACAUCUUCCCAUUAGAAAUUAAAGUUCUGCUCAGGUACUAGCUUCAUAGACCUGUGUGUCAAAAAAUACCCAGAUUCUCUACUUGUACAUGGUACUAAGGUUCUUUCAAGACAUUUGUUUAGAAAUAUUUUUAUAUAUUCUAUCAAGACGUUAUUUAUUUUUUGUUAUUCAUAACAUUAACUUCAAGAUGGCAUGCUGCCUUUAGUUUUUCUUUUCACAUCAAUGCAGCGAUCCGUAAAUCAGAUGGUUACUUGCUGUUUUAAGGUCAGUUUGGAUAAGAGAGGUCAUCACCUCUGACACUUAUAAAGCACUUCAUGUUAUGUCACCUAUUUUUUAUUUGAUUUACUGCAUGCUAGUGCUAAAAAGUGAGGACUGCUCUGCCGUGAGCCAAGCUCAAUGGAUGACUAGGCAAAGGUCUGACGAUACUUCCUUAGGUUACGGUUCACAACCACUUUUUGAACUGGUCUAGUAAUCUUGUGAGAUAUCUGAGUUAUGUCGACAAAUAGGUAAAAGGGGGGGAUAUUAUAUACCAAAGGUGCCAACUGAAUGAGUACGGAUGAUUGCAAGGGACAGCCUGAUGGGGACCAAACUGUAAUCUAUCUGCAUAUCCAACUCAUCUAUAACAGGGUAAGCUGCGAGUUUGACUGGCCGUUUCAUGUAGACUUCUGUAAAUACAAUCCCUUUGAAUGAAGCCUGAUUUCAGCUUUUAUUGUUGCAAGAAACCCUUUUUUUUUUGGGGGGGGGGGGGGGGGUUUUCUUUAUUUAUUGUAAUUUAAUUUUGACUACACUCUGCCAAAUGGCCCACAGCUGGUUGGGCGUUUUUGGUUACAAGAGAAUGUAGGCUGGUGUAUUCAGUGGCAUUACUUCCUGUUCCCACUUAAUGGGAGAGAGAAAUCCUUAAAACCAGAGUAGAAAGGUUAAGUUCUGUGUGUAUAUUUCUGUAAUGCAUACUAAUUUGCACAUAAUCUGCCCAGAUUUCCUAAAUCAAAAUUGCUCCUUUUUGUUCUUACUCUUAAAUUGUAAAUUGCACAAAGAGCUGAGCUUACCAUUCAGCCAUCCUACAAUAUAUUUGUGGGAAGCAGGAACCACUUUAAUAACAUUAAGAUUUUGUAUCAUGCAAAGGGGACAUAUAAAUGUGGGGCUCUUCUGCCAUGGUACCUUUUAAAGGGUAUGGUUGCUACAAUUAGGUUUUUUUUUUUUUGUGUUUUUUUUUUGUAUUUAAUACACUGAACGCAUGGAGAAGAGAAAUUGGAAUGCUUUGCAUUUGACUUCUGGUAUUUAAAGGAUGUAUAGCUUCAUUUCCCUCUUACAACAUAUGGUAUAAUGCUGAUCCAUAUUGUUUGGUGCCACAGGUGCGAUUGUUAAAUAAAAAUUUUAAAUGCUCAGAUUCUGACUAUUAUGGUGUUACAGUGUAUUAUGGUGUUGUAUUUGGAAAAUUAACAUAACCUGUACCUGACGCGUGCCAUCUGCUCGUCACCUAAUGCUACUACUACUUUGCCUCUAUUGUGGAUUAUCUUUCCUUUGAUGUUCCUUUUCAUGCUCAUAUAACUUCGUAUGCUACUGUCUUUUAUGAAGCUUUUAAUAACUCUGAGCGAGUUUUGAUAGUAAUGAAAAAUAUUUAAGCAUUUGAGUUAAUGGGAAGUACAGUAGGACCAUUUAGACUUUGACACAGUUGUACAUCACAACUUUUCUACUAUAGAUUUACACAAUCUGGAAAGACAGGAUGUUUAAACAAGCAAAAGUUGACAGUCACAUUUAUGUUGAAUGUUUUUCUAAUUUUUCUUCUAGUGGAUCUCCUUGUACACAAAGGAAGUAGCCAUUUUUCAGGUGUCAAUCCAGUUACAAGCUGUUCAAUGCUGCUACUUAAAGAGCAUCUGUCAGCAUGAUCAACCCUAUUAAACCAGGCAUACAGCCUGAUAGGGUUGAUCAUAGAGAUUAAAUAUGGUGCCCUUAUUAUGACUCUCCAUAGCCAUAUUACUGAGAGAACUGCAUUUUUCUUUAUAUGCAGUUGACCUAACUGGAGAACCAAAGGGCUGCCCAGAGCCCUCACAGCACCAGUUUGUAACACCACCUUUACCUUCCCCUGGAUUGACACUGCUAGUCUUCUAGUGCCUGCUAACCACCAUUUCAGUAUAAUUUUACCUACUCUGUUGGCCAACUCUAAGAAUAUGAGGCUCAAAAUAAGAGAAAUUGCUAUGGUGGCUCCUGUGGAGCAUUUGUUAGGCAUCAUUGUAGGCUGUAUUGGCAUUACGUUGUGCCUUAUGCUUCAGUGAUGUCACUAAUUUCUAGUAAUUUGAUACAUUGAGUUUUAUUGAGUGUCUCUAAAAUGGCUGCUGCCUUUGUGUGUUUCUAGACAUUUUACAAAUUAAAAUGGUCCACUAAAAACAAUCCAGACUUAACCAACUUUCUUUUGCUCAUGUUCCUUAAACCAACAUCAUAAGCACCUCGGGGCUGCAUUUCAUUCUCCAUCUCUCAGCAGCUAUCUAUAAAAAUCUAAUUUCUCCUUCCUACAUCACCAUUCAGAAAUCCUUAACUUUUACUUAAAAAUUGCUCCUCUUUUCUAGCUGUUGUUUAUAUCUAUUUCGCCAUAAGCCUGGUAGAAAAAUGGAAGAUAGACCGUUUUGCUCUGCAAGAGGGUUGACUGCGUCAGAGCUGUGCUAUGCUCCCACAUGACCUAAUGACAUCUGUAAUGCACAUCUGUCUAGAUAGGUUCUUAAUUAUCCACUCCUCCACCCCAUUCACUUGCUAUUGAAUUCCUCACCUCCUCUCACCUCUGCGUUCUCUACAUUACACUUCAUGACAUACGUAGCUCUUGCAUGUAUUAUUGUCACUGCAUUUUUAAUGUGGGCUGAGAACUUGUUUGCGGAGAGUCUAUUUUUGUGGUGCAGUCAUUCUUCACCUUUUAUGCACAAUGUGUAGAGCAAGGUUGGACAGCUCAGGUGUCUGACACAUUCAGACACAUUAUAAUAAGAUAGCUGUCAAAAAACAAACAUUGCUUGGCCAAAUAACUAGUACACUUGUUAAUGUCUUCCUUGCGAGAAGAAACUUUGAAUUGGUGGCAUGCAGAGCUUGAUGGGCCAUUUUAGUUUGUAUACUAUAUGGUAACACUGCAGUCCUCAUCACAAAAGGCCUUCUGUUUCCUUGCCAGAAAAGUACAUCACAGAUUUCCUGUGAGGUCGGACAUUACUAGGUAUAACAAUUGCCUAUUGUAAGAAAAUGGAUAUUUAUAUUUUUAUGCUGUGUUGUUAUUUGAACUAUAAUUGAGGUCUUGCCACUACACUUUUGCCAAGUAAAAGAGCAAAAGUAGAGUUUGAACUGUAGUGUGAUGGGUGGUAGAUUACCUGGCUUACUUUAGCUAUAAAAUUGGUGGCCACCUCCAACAUUUGCAUGUCAUAAAAGCCAUUUUAAUCAUGUUCAUGGCACUUGCAAGGUAUCGGGGAUAGGGUUUUAGUGUUGAUUCUAUGAACUAGGUAAAUUUAACCCUAUAUUUCAUAAAUACAUUAUGGUUCCUUUGUUUGGUCUUCUAAGAUCAAAGUAUUCUGUACAUGGACCUUCGUUCUGGGUCUGCCUGCAAUGAAAAGAUUUGGAUUAAAGCUGCACCAACUUUUUUUUGGGUUUACUAGAUAUAUACAAAAAAGGAGCUAGGACACAAUCAGUGCUGUAAUUCAGUAUCUCAGUACCUCAUAUGUAUAAUGCACAGUUCUAAUCGACUUUGCUUCACAAAUUUUUGGAAACUGUGACACUGUGUGUCAGAAAUUUAAACUACUUCUAAUUGGGCAUAAUGAAUCCCCUAUUUUAUAUGUCAUGUUAGUUAUAUGACCCUAUUUUCUUAAAUCAUAUGUGCAAUAUAAGGACAGAUUAUGUGCCCUAUCAAAAAGACAUUCUUGCAUUUAAGCUUGCACUAUGAUGCAACAAAAAUUUUUUCUGAGGACAAAAACCGAAGGUUAGAAUUCGAACACGAUGGAAAAAUUGUGUCUCCACUGGCUACAUUUGGCAGAGUAGUCUGAUACGGAAUGCUUUUGUGAAAAAUAAAAAAAUAAAAAAUAAAAAAAAAUGAAAAGGUGUAUAAAAGAGAAAUAAUCAAAAGCCUGUUUUUAGAUUUUUAGUGUUGAUUCUUUUUGCCUCCUGAUCUAUUGAGGUAUUGGCAAUGUCCACCAAUGGAAAGGGGCUAACACAAAAAAUUUAAUUUACCUGCUUGUGAUGCUGCCUUGUUUUGUACAGUUUUAUGUACAUGAAAGUGUUGCUUUUUAAUAUAAACCUUUAAAGAAAUCUAUAUAUAUAUAAUUAAAAAAAAAUCCCACACAAAAAAAACCUUGACUUAAAAUAUUAUGGAAAAGUAUGUAACUAUUUUUAAGAUGGGUAAAUUAAUAUGUAUAAUCAGACGCUAUCGUUGAAGUUUUCUCGAUUUCUUAGUAUUUGAUGUAUUUUCCCAAGUUAUCCUGAACCUUGACCUUUCUCUCUGGGAAUUUUUUUCUAUCUUCUCCUUGUUUUAAUUUCACAUUUUCUUAAUUUAUACUUUUUGCCACUCCCCCACUUCCUAUUUUUUUUAUUAACCCUGUGAGCACAAUCAUUUUUUUAUUACUUUUUGUUGUUUCCUGUUUUAAUUUUUUUCAGCAUGGCAAGAAUAAAACAAAUUUGUGGUCUGUCUAUUACCGUUUUUACUUUUCAGAUACAUGAAAAUCUUUGUUCUGUUUGCGGAGCUGUCAAAUAAA